AUGACUAAAGCAUUACCAUGUUGGUUGAAAAUAGUAAUAACAUCACGAACAUUGCAUGAAAAUGAAUGGAAAAAAUUUGAUCGUUUUCUUGUUUUAAAUAUUGAUGAAAAUCCGGAUGAAUUAAUUGAUUUUAUUCAUGAAAAAUUACCAUUUAUUGAUUCAGAUACUAUCUUUGAAUGUUGUCAGGGUUCAUGGUUCUAUGUUUCACAAUAUUCUCGUGCUUUAAAAGCAAAUUUACUUACUUUACCAUCAACUUCACGAUCAUCUAAUAAUGAUUUAGUUACCAUUUCACAUGGUGACAAUUUACUACCAAAUGGUGUUUCGGCACUUUUAAUGGCAAUUGAAUCGGAAUUACCAACUCAUUUAAAUUUAUAUUUACGUUUAAUAGCUUCAAGUCGUCGUCCACCAACUCGACAACGUCUUAUUGCUGUUACAGUACUUACAGCAAGUCGUCCAGCAAAUUUAGUCGAAGCUGAUUUACGAGAAUGUGAAGCAAUUUUUGAAUGUACUGAUCCAUUAAUUCUAAGUGGUGCAUGGCGUGAACGUUUCAUGGAUGAUGAAUGUGAAGAAGGUCAUGCAUUAUGGGCGCAAUUUAUUCAACGAACGGGUUGUGAUACAUUACAAACACUUAUUGAAUUUGCAUAUCAUUUAGCUCAUUCUGGUGAAUUACAUUAUUUGGAUCGAAUUAGGAUAUUGCGUGAAUUUGGUGCAGAUAUGAUCGAGCUUAAAUGUCCUGUAUUUGAUUAUAUGACAACUGAUUUGUUAGUUAAAGCUGGUGCAAUUAUUUUGGAUCAUCGUCAACAAAAGGAGGAUUUUGUAUUUGCUUGCACAUCCGGUGAUUCAACAAAUGUUAUCAAUUUAUUAGAUGAAGUAACUUUUAAUGAAUUAUGCGCAGGACUUAUCGCAGCAUCUAGUCGUGGUCAUGCUGAUAUUUGCAAGUUAAUAUUGCAUGCUAAUCCGCAAACAGCAAAUUAUGUUGAUCCACAACAAUGGAAUGCAUUACGAUCAGCAGCAUGCAAUAAUCAUGAUAAUGUUGUCGAUUUACUCAUUCAAAAUGGUUAA